AUGAAUGCAUCACCAGUCCUUAAUUCAACAUUCGACCUUACCACCGUAAUAUUCAUCUCCGCUUUAACAGUUCUCUCCGUUUUAUCUCUUUGUUUUAUUUUCCACCUUCGUUUCAAAUCCAAAUCCUUAACAUUUCUACAAAACUUCAAUUCUCUCUGGACCGUUAGAUUUCUUCUUGUGCUUUUCAUAUUCUUUUGGUCUAUCGUUGAACUUCUCCGGUUACCGUUUUUCCGGCGAAGAUAUUUGUAUCCAUUUUUACCCGCUCUUGGUACUUCUGAACAAACUCAUCUCUGCAAAAUCAGCGUUGUUCUUUCUCUUGGAUUUUUUGAACCAGCUUUUCUUGUAACUCUACUUUUCCUUCUAAACGCUUCGAUUACAAAGAAAACACCGAAGGAUUCUUGGGCGAUUACAUUCGUGCUUGUCACGUGUGUACCGCUUUUUAUUCUUCACGGUUUACUUGUUUACUUUAAUCCGUUGGAAAAUCAGAUUCCGAUACUUUUACGGCAACAUUCGGUGGUUCUAGAAGACGAAACGGUUCUUUGUGCUUUUCCGUUCUUAAACAGCGUCGUUUUCGCGGCGUUUGGUGCUGCGUAUUGUACUUGGUUUUUGUUCUCGUGUUGGAGGGUUUUAUCAUUGGUGAUUAAUAAAAAUCUUCGGAUUCGGAUCUACGCUUUAGGUACCGUUGUGCUUGUGGCUUUACCUCUUCAGGUUGUGUCGUUGGCUUUUACGGUUCUUUGGACACCGGAAGAUGAGAUUUACGGCGUCGUUUCGCUUGUUGUGUUUCUCGGUGCUUUCUGUUGUGCGGUUACCGGUGAGGGUAUUUUGGUAAUUAAGCCUAUUUCGGAUGCAUUGGAGGCUGGUAGUCACUGUGGUUGCAGUUGGAGCGGCUCACGUCGUCAAGAAUCAUUGCCGCCACCGCCGCCGAGGCCGGAGGAAACGAAGAUGGAGGAGAGAGAUGGUGACGUGGAUUUAGAGGAUGGUUUGUUGCGAGGGUAG